UUCCUCCCAGCUGUUUCUCUAUCUCUCUCUCUCUCUCUCUGUUGCUUCAUGGCUGAGGACACUACAUACACGGUGAUCACCCUUUCAAGGAUUGGUCAGAAUCGGACAGGUGAAAAUGAAGAGCCAGAUAUCAUGGAACAGACCACUAUGUCAGAAGAAGGCACAGUGCCGAAAGUAAAAAAAGACAGAUGGGUGAACAUUGCUAUUGUUUCACUUGCUGGUGGUGUGCUCUUGGCUGUUGGAGCAGCUUUUGCAGUCCUACUUACCUGGAGUAAAGCCAAAUGCUGUCCUAAGAUGUGGGUGCACUACAAAAAGGACUGUUACUACUUUUCAACCAAUCAAACCACAUGGAGCUUGAGUAAGGACGACUGCAUCUCCCGGGGAGCAGGUCUUGUCAUAAUUGAGCACCCUGAAGAGCUGAAUGUUCUGCUUCUCCAGUGCACAUUUUUUUUGACAUUCUGGAUCGGACUGAGGAGAAAUCCUGGGCAGGAAUGGAUGUGGACUGACAAUCAGCCCUUCACUCUUGGCAGGGUGAAUAAAAGUGUUCCAGAUGGAGAUUGUGCCAUGUUGGAAAAAAACUGGAUAUACAGUCAGAACUGCAGCCGCAUGAAAAACUGGAUCUGUAAAAUGGUAGCUGAAAAGAAGUCAUGA